GUUGACCCAUAUAGACUCACUCACUACCUAGGACUUAAAACUUCAAUUAUACACUCUUAUAUCUCUUAUCUUCUUCUCCCUCCAUCACCUUCAAAAACAAUUCCGAUGAUUUGUUACGCUCUGUUUGUUUUCUAUAUUCUAGCUGCCGUCUCCGUCUCUGUAUCAUCUCUUAUCUUCUUCUCCCUCCUAUCACCUUCUAAUUAAAAAAAGAAUUUCCGAUGAUCUGUUACGUUUUGUUUGUCUUCUAUGUUCUCGUUUCCGUCCCUGGCCAAGGAGAAGAAGCAACGGCGCCAUACAAGCCAGACGAUGUUAUUCUCAUCAACUGCGGUGAACCCUCUGUCACCAUCGACACCGGCGGCCGAACUUGGAUGCCAGAGGAUAAGAAGAAAAUUCUGCCGUUGAAUUCGGACAACACGUCGUUCUCUUCAGACGCAUCAUACAAAGAAUUAAGGAUCCCUCAAGUUCCCUACAUGAACGCUAGGAUUUUCCGAUCAGAUUUUACGUACAGUUUUCCACUCUCUCCUGGUUGGAAAUUCAUCCGGUUACAUUUUUAUCCGGGCCAAUACGGGUACGGACCCGAUUUCGACGCGGUCAGUUCUUUCUUCUCCGUCAGCGUAAACAGUAUCACUCUCUUGACUAACUUUAGCGCUGAUUUAACGGUGAAAGCUUCCACAGGAGAGCCAACUCUAAUCAAAGAGUUUAUCGUUCCUGUUCACCAGGGGUUGAAUCUCACGUUCAGGCCGGCUAAGAAAUCGUUAGCAUUUGUUAACGGUAUCGAGAUCGUGUCCAUGCCUGACCGGUUUUACUCAAAGGGAGGAUUUGACAACAUGGUAUCAGAAGUCGGUAGUAACGUUGGCUUUGAGAUAGAAAACUCGACGGCUUUAGAGUCCGUUUAUCGUUUAAACGUAGGUGGACAAAUGGUGGGCGAGGUCGGCGAUUCGGGAAUGUUCAGGCGCUGGCUUUCUGAUGAUGAGUUCCUACUCGGUGUAAAUUCGGGAAUCAUCAUUGGGUACAUACCAGAUGUAGUGAUCAACUACACGGAAAAGACUCCAGCGUAUGUUGCCCCAGCAUACGUGUACGCCACGUCUCGCUCAAUGGGUAACGCCAGGUCUCCUGAGCUAAACCUGAACUUUAACAUGACAUGGUUAUUCACAGUCGAUGCUGGGUUUAAUUACCUCGUGAGGCUUCAUUUCUGUGAGACUUUACCGGAAGUAACACAACCCAACCAGCGCGUCUUCACCAUCUUCAUCGAACAUCAGAUUGCCAAGCUUGAUAUGGACGUGAUUCGGCUGAGUGGUGGUUCUCGGAUUCCAGUGUAUCUAGAUUUCAGCAUAUAUGUUGGUUCGGAAAGUGGGCCCAGACCUGAUCUACGACUUGACUUGUAUCCUUUUAAGGACUAUGCAUCGUAUUAUGACGUUAUUCUGAAUGGUGUAGAGAUUCUCAAGCUUAACAACUCAGAUGGUAAUCUAGCCGGACCUAAUCCAAAUCCUCCAUUAUCAUCGAACUUAACACCAAACCGUCUAAAGCCGCAGCAUAUGAAAGGUACGUCACAUGUUCUGGUGGUAAUCUUCAUAGCCGUUGGUUCUGCAGUUGGGCUGGUGACUUUCAUUGUUGUUCUCAUGUUGUCAAUGCGUCAGAGGAAGAGGAAGAAUAGAAAGGAAAAAAGUGUCGUCAUGUUCAAGAAACUACUGAAUAUGUACACGUAUGCAGAAGUAAAGAAAAUUACAAAGUCAUUUUCUCACAUACUUGGGAAAGGGGGAUUUGGAACCGUUUAUGGAGGAAACCUUUGUAAUGGUCGUAAGGUUGCAGUAAAGGUCUUGAAAGAUUUGAAGGGAAAUGGUGAGGAUUUCAUCAAUGAAGUCGCAAGCAUGAGCCAAACGUCUCAUGUAAACAUCGUUUCUCUUCUUGGUUUCUGCUAUGAAGGGUCUAAAAGAGCGAUUGUGUAUGAGUUUUUGGAGAAUGGGUCUCUCGAUCAGUUCAUCUCUAGAAAUAAGUCACUGGCUCGAGAUGUUAGAACAUUAUAUCGAAUUGCGUUGGGCAUUGCUCGAGGUCUGGAAUACUUACAUUAUGGCUGCAAAACAAGAAUUGUACAUUUCGACAUUAAACCUCAGAAUAUUCUGAUAGAUGGCAAUCUUUGUCCUAAAGUUUCAGACUUUGGCCUGGCUAAGCUUUGUGAAAAAAGAGAAAGCAUUGUGUCACUUAUAAACGCAAGAGGAACUAUAGGUUACAUUGCACCGGAGGUGUUCUCAAGAAUGUAUGGAAGAGUCUCGCAUAAGUCAGAUGUAUAUAGCUAUGGGAUGUUGAUCCUGGACAUGAUUGGAGCAAGGAACAAAGAAAUAGUAGAAAGUAUUGAUCCUGAUGCUAGUUCGACUUACUUUCCUGAUUGGAUCUAUAAGGAUCUUGAAGAUGGAGAGCAAACAUGGGUAUUUGGUGAUGAAAUAACCAAAGAAGAAAAAGAGACUGCAAAGAAGAUGAUUGUGGUAGGACUAUGGUGUAUCCAACCAUGCCCAUCAGAUCGUCCACCGAUGAACAAAGUCGUCGAAAUGAUGGAAGGAAGGUUAGAUGCUCUUGAAAUUCCCCCUAAGCCUUCCAUGCAUAUCUCCGCUGAGGUUAUUCCUGAAUCUUCUUCACUUUCUGAUGGCGAGGAAACUGGAUAAAAAAUAUUGUUGAUAAUUAUAAGCAUGAAAACCUUAUUUUAUUUGUUUUUCUUGUUCGGAUAAAAGAAAUUGUAAAAAAUAAAGUAUAAAGUUUACACAA